GGACCAGACGGGCUAUAGUUCGCUCCCCACGUGCAUCAAUGAGCCUUGUGCACCCAUGACCCUUUCACCGGUUCACUGCUUGUCCUUCCUUGGACUACUUUUAGUAGGCACUAACCACUGCAUAGCGGAAACACCCCACAAAACCUGCCAUUUUGGACAUGCUCUGACCCAGUCGUCUAACCGUCACAAUUUGGCCCUCGUCAAGGUCGCUCAGAUCAUUAAGUUUGCCCAUUUUUCCUUCUUCCAACACGUGAACUUCGAGAACUGACUGUUCACUUGCUGCUUAUCAUAUCCCUGGAUUCUGAAAACAUUGGAUGCUAAACAGAAAUAAAAAUAUAAGGAGUAAAAAGUAUUUUCUUGGAAAUGUAAUUGAGGACAAUUUUUGUGCGCACGCGCAGUCAUUUCAUUUGCAGUCACUUCAGAACAAUGAGAGUUUUAGGUGAAGCUCAUUGGCUGAACCUGAGCCUCCAUCUGAAAGGGGCGUGUCUGCAUCCGUGUGUGUGUGUGCUUCACACCUCUGAGGAUUUAAAAAACCUGCGUCUCUGCACUCACACACACACACACACGCUGCAGACAUGGACGGCGCUCUUCCCUCGCUGCACGCGCCCUUGCUGCUCCGCGCGCCGCGCCUUCUGGACCGCGCUCAGUAUCCUGCGCGGAGCCCGAAGUGCGCGCGCUGUAGGAACCACGGCGUCGUGUCGGCGCUCAAGGGCCACAAGCGCUUCUGCCGCUGGAGGGACUGCGCAUGCGCCAAGUGCGCGCUCAUCGCCGAGCGCCAGAGGGUCAUGGCGGCGCAGGUGGCGCUCCGCCGACAACAAGCGCACGAGGAGAGCGAAGCCCGACAGCUGCAGAUCCUCUACCCGGGGUCGGGGCUCAUGGAGAGAGGGGUCACCCCGAGCAACACCUCGGGGCUACACGCAGCCUUCACCACCGAGCACAGGAAGAACGGAGACCAUCUGAAAAAAUACAUGUUUAACGGCUUCAUGGUCAGCUCUCACUUGCGUCCGGUGACAUCUCCGGUGGCCAAGAUUGACCUCAGCACCGAGGUCAGUCCGACAGAGCCACUUCAGCUAAGUGGAAACCAGUCUCCCGGGUUUGACCGUCUGUCUGACCGCACUACAAGCCCGCGCUCUCUCUCCUCCUCAGAUCUGGAGUCAGGAAGCGAGUCGGAUAAACCAAAAGUCGAGGUGUCUGGAGACGUGGUGAGACCAGUUUCCUCCGGUAGAGAGCACGAGCCUGCCGAGGUGCUGACAAAAAUCUUCCCUCAUGUCAAGCAGGAUGUGUUGGAGUCAGCUCUGAGCGCGUGCACGGGGGACAUCGUGAAGGCUAUCGAACUGCUUCUUGCCUCUAAAGAGGGACGGAGUGCAGACAAACCAGACACUCCGUUAACAGAGAACACGGUGGCGGCGGCACAGUGGCCUCACGUGCUCCACCUUCCUGCCUCGAAGUCCGCCUUCUCCCCACUCCAAUCCUCCGCCGUGAAACCUUUCGGAAAUGACGGCUUCUACGGGCUCAGUCCUUGUUUCGGGAUCAAUCCACUGCGUGUUGCAUAUUCCGGUUCCGGAGGCGCGUUACCGAGUUUUAUCUCUCCGUACCUGACAUCCGGACUGCUCCCUGCCAUGCCUCUGCGUGCGCCCGUCGAUUAUCCGUUUCCCACCAUGAUCCGGGAUUUGGCCUUUCAGAGCAAAGACACUCUCAGCGCCGCAUCUCUCUACUCAGGACACCGGAAGUGAUUAAUGCAGUCAUUUUAAUGUGGUGAUGCAGUUUUAUAUUCCUCCAGUUUUGUAGCCUAUAAAUGAACCUCUCUUGCCUUGAAAUGUCAGAACCAUUCUAUUUUUGUACCUGGUCAUAUUUUUCUAGUUUUAUUUUUUGAGUAGCCUGAACUGUUCAUAGCCUAUAUUUUCAUGUUUUGUAAAUAAACCCUACACUUGGAGAAAAAUGUCUACAUCAGAUCUGUGUGUUGGUGUCUAUAGUAUUCGGGAUCUUCUUCUUCCACCUUUACAUCCCCACGCUCGAUUCAUCCAGUAGGAAAUGUCUUUCAAAAGUUCCAAAAUCUGUCUCUGAAUGUACAUUUUGCAUAAAAUUAUGUUAAUUAAUGAACUAAGUUACCGCAAAACUGAUUAAUGGUCCUAAAUUGGGCAAAUUCGAACCCUUUCUAGCAGUACGCUGAUGUUACGUUCGGCUGGUGAAAUUGAAAUCGACUUAUCAGACCUUUUCAAUCAGUAUAAACAAGUGAAUUAUUUUAUCGCCGCAAAUCUGUUAUAAGAUUAGCCAGGGCACCGUUUGGUUUCUGUAUGUAGAGUAUCGUGACUAGAGUAUCUCGAGCAGGGCGAUUGGAAAGGGGAUGGGUGUGAGCCCCCUGCUGGGCAAACAAUUCACAUCUCUCCACAAUAACACUGGUACAGAAAUAAAACAGACAGAAUGACUAAAGUUGUAUACACUGUAUACAACUGCCACAAUAAAACUGUAAUAUUUCAACCUAUUAGGCUUGUGGAAAAAAAAAGAAAUACUGAAUGAAAAACUGCAAAUUCUUAAAGUCCUGAGUGUCUAGGUUUAUAUGACAUUAACCACUACUGUGGAGUGUGACAUCACAAAUAAAUUCAAUGCUGAACAUGAGCACCCCAUAAACAUGCAGAAAUCCCUAAAUUUUUGGGGCAAAGAAGUAUAAAUAAAUAUGAGCAAAGAAGGCUGUGAAAAAUGGUCUUUGUUAAAUAUAGGUGUGCAACAAUUAUUGGAACCCCUAUGA